AAAAUGGACAUUGAAGCAAGAAACUUGCCACCAAACGUAAAAGCUAUGCUCCUUGCCAAAUUAAGAGAGUACAAAUCUAAUCUGAAUAAUUUGAAAAGCGAAAUUAAACGAAUUGCAUCAACAAACUUAAACCAAGCUGCCCGUGAUGAAUUAUUGGAGUCGGGAAUGGCCGAUGCUGUUGCAGUGUCAGCGGAUCAAAGAGGAAGAUUAAUGAUGUCAACUGAAAGAUUAAACAAGUCAAGUGACAGAGUUAGGGACAGCAGAAGGACCAUGCUGGAGACCGAAGAUUUUUUAUGGUUGUGA